AUGACUAUUAUAGUUUUCUUAAUAGAUACUUCAGCUUCUAUGACCCAAAGAGCUUAUUUGGGCGGACGCCCAACGUUGCUCGAUGUAGCCAAGGGCGCUGUGGAAACGUUCGUAAAGGUUCGUCAACGGUCGCCUGAAAGCAGAGGCGACAGGUAUAUGCUUCUAACUUUCGAAGAACCACCCGCGAAUAUCAAGGCUGGUUGGAAGGAAAAUCUAGCAACAUUUAUGAAUGAGCUUAAGAAUUUGCAAUGUCUGGGAUUUACAACAAUUGGUGCUGCAUUAAAGCAUGCCUUUGAUGUACUGAAUAUAAACCGCAUGCAGACUGGUAUUGAUACCUAUGGACAAGGGAGAUGUCCAUUCUACCUUGAACCAUCUGUAAUUGUUGUUAUUACUGAUGGAGGAAAAUUAACAAGUAUUGCUGGUAUCCAGGAAGAAUUCAAUUUGCCGAUGAACUGCCCUAUACCAGGCUCUGAGUUAACUCGUGAGCCUUUUCGAUGGGACCAAAGACUAUUUUCACUGGUGCUGAGACUCGCAGGGACGCCUGCUGCGGAGAGGGACACUGGCCUCGUGCCCUCUGACUCGUCGCCUAUCGAUGCAAUGUGCGAAGUGACUGGUGGUCGUUCAUACUGCAUUACAUCGCACCGCAUGUUGAUGCAGUGCAUUGAUAGUCUAGUGCAGAAAGUGCAGAGCGGUGUAGUGAUUAACUUUGAAAAAAUUGGCCCCGAUCCACCGCCUAUCGACGGCGCUAAUAACAAAGAUGGAAGCGAACUAGACGACAAUAAUCAUGAAGGUGAAAAGGAAGUUGAUGGUGACGGUGAUAGGAACGGACGUUGGAACAGCGGACAGUAUCAAAACCAGAUCCAAGGCCCCAGCGCCCCGCAGGCGUGGCAUUCGUGUCGAAGGCUCAUCUACGUUCCGCGGACGGUCGCGCAGAAAGGCUUCGCUGUCGGCUUCUGGCCGAUACCCGAGUCUUUCCGAUCGGACCCUACCGCGCAAACAUUGCCACCUCGUUCUGCUCAUCCAGUUGUGAAGUUCACUUGUUCAAGCCAGGAGCCUAUGGUGAUUGACAACCUGCCAUUUGACAAGUACGAAUUGGAGCCUAGUCCGCUCACGCAGUUCAUAUUGGCGAGGAAACAGCCUACUGUCUGUUGGCAGGUUUUUGUUGCCAACAGUGGUUGCAAGAACUCCGAGAUUAGUCAUCCAUUUGGCUAUUUAAAAGCAUCUACAAACUUGACAUGUGUGAACUUGUUUGUAUUGCCGUACAACUACCCUAUGUUGCUGCCUCUUCUUGAUGACUUGUUUAAAGUGCACCGCUGCAAACCUACUCCGGAAUGGAAGCUAGCUUUUCAACAUUAUCUUGACAGAAUGCCUUCUUAUUAUGUUGCGCCUCUUCGCAGAGCCUUAACAAAAAUGGGUGCAUCUGCUCAAUUGCUUCAAAGUUUGGUACCUGACUCUCAAGACAAUUCACUUAGUUUCUCUGUACUGAACUAUUUGAAAAGACUGAAAAAUCAAGCCAAGGUAGAAUUUGAGAAACUAUGUGCUGACGUUAUCAAUAAAUCUGCCAGUAACAACAACCAAAAGGGUUCCGAGAGUGUUCGAGUAAUGUCGCGGUCCCCUCUACGAAAAGAUCUUACGACUCAUCCAUGUCUUCAAGGCAAGUUUUCGGCGCUUCGAGAUCAGUUGAAUGAAUUUGGCGGCUUCAUUGUAGCAUUGUCGCGAGACAGGCAUAAGGCACAAGCUCACACCUAUCGAAACCCUUUCGAUAUACAAAGGAGAGAUCUCCUGGAUCAGGCGGUGCGUAUGCGCGCAAAUUUUCUUCAACCCUCUCUCGCCCACACGCGGUUGGUGGACGAAGACAGCGUGCAUUCAAUGGCUGUAGCACAAAUGGGCAAUUAUCAGGAGUACUUAAAACGAAUGACGCCUCUACUUCGCGAGAUAGAGUCCCAGCCGGUUAGGCAACACAUGUUCGGCAACCCGUUCAAGAUAGACAAGCGAAUGAUGGUCGACGAGGCGGACCUAGACCCGGUGGGAGCAGUGCGGAGCGGCGGAGGGGGUGCGGGCGGUAAGCGCGGGGCGGAGGCGACCCGCGCCGGGCCUCCGAAACGCAAAGCCGGCCCUCUGCCGCACCACAUCGUCGCCCGCCGGCCUUCCGAGCCCCCCGACUCUCCGCUCUCGCCGCCCGCGUCCCCCGCGCCCGCGCCCUCCCCGGCCGCCAGCCCGCUGCCCGCGCCGCCCGCCCCGCCCGCGCCGCUGGCCCCGCUGUCGCCCGUGUCACCCGUAGCUUCGCGCCGGCCCGCCUCGCCCCUGUCGCCCGCUCCCACGGAUCUACCGUCAGGACGACCGCCUGAGGAGCCGCCGAAUGUGGAGAGCGUGGGCCCGGCGAGCCCCGCGCCGUCACCGCCCCCCUCCCCCUCCCCCUCCCCGCCUGCGCUUGCGCCCCCCAACCUGCCGCCCGUCGUCAAACCAUUCCUGAACGGAGAUGCCUACACGACAAUGGGCAGUAAAAUGUCGCGGUCGCCGUCUCCGCCCGGCGAGUUGAUUCCCGUCGCGCACGACUCGCAGGAGCUGCAGAUCAACGCCAUAUUGCAGGGGGUCGCCGCUGAGAAUAAUUCUAAUGCACGAGGCAGGAAACGGAAACGAAAGAACGACAAACAACAGCUUCAGUUGACCCUACCGCCGCAACUCACACGCAAGGAGAUCGCAGAGAUCAAAAAACACAAUCUUGAAGUGCGACAAGAAGUGUACCGCGCGGUUCGACGACCUGGGAGAGAUUUUACGAAACUGUUUGAAUCUUUAAAACAAUUACAAGGUAGUGUGGAAGUGAAAAAAGAGGUGAUACGUGACGUUAUAAACGAGUCGUUAAGGUUCAAGCGAAGGGCUCUAGCUAAGUUGUUGGAAGACUUUUUAACGGGUUUAGAGAAAAACGGGAGUAGUGCCUCAAUGACUAUCAAAAGAAAUAAUUCGGUGUAUAUUAACACUAAUAAUCACAGCUAG